AUGUCUCGCUUUCACUCUUCUUCUUCCACUGGCAGUGCUCCUGGGGCUGCCAGUUCCAACUCUACAAACAUGUCGGCCCCUCGCGGUCGUGGAUAUCAAGUUCCACAAACCUCUAACUCUCUCCAUCCCCCAUCCAUCCAUCCUGACCACGUCCCAUACGUGUGUGACCAACAAAUGGAACUCUCUUUGGAUCCUUCAACCAUCCAUCCGCCACUUAACAGGCCUGGAAACCUAUCUUCUUCCACAACUUCAGCCUCUACGCAGGCCAAAAAAACCAAAAAAAAUUCUCCUUUGUCAUUGCGUUUGAUUUCUUCUUCUUCUUCUUCUUCUUCUGCAUCUUCAUCUUAUUAUUCAGACUCCUGUGGAUCUUACGAGUCAAUCGAUUGGUCGGCUCUUGAGAUCAAACCCCAUCCUAUGGCCUCCAAGCGCUACAGGUCCCCCACGAUGUAUUCUGACUCCAUCCAGAAGGACCAUACAUCCUCUGACUUCAGCACCGGAUCCAGCGGUCAAUUUCCUAUUGGCUCACCUUGCAUCAACGUAGGCCGUCUACUUGAUGUCAAGCCCCCUCCUCCCAGGCCUUUCGUCACUGUCGAUACAUCGGACUCCCUGGAUUACCCCAUUACCAAGGCUCCUCCUCCCAUGCCCUUCGUCGCUGACGAUCCAUUGGACCCCUUCUUGGAUCACCCCAUUGCCCUUCCCUUCGGAUCUGGAAUCUCUACCCCUCCCCCGAAAACAAGGUAUGUAUUCCGUGAGGUCACCCCUAGCCCAGGCACCACUCCAUCUUCCAAGGAUUCCUUUUCGGCCCACCACACUGUCUCCGUUUCCUCCGGAUCCCCUUCCAUGGCCUCUAUUUCCUUGGACCCUUUCAAUGGCCAUUCUUGUUCCUCUUCUGCCAAGGCAGAAGAUGGUUCAAACCCCCCCUCUCCUUGUCCUGUUCCUUCUCCUCCUCCCCAGCUACCUGUAGUACACAUGCAGCCCCGCUUGUUCAGGUUAGCUAAGCCCAAGACCUUUACCCAAGUGUACCUGCAGCAGCCUCGCUGUUUCAGCCGAGCUAAACCUAAGACUUUUACCCAGCGGUGGUCAGAAAUGAUCCUUGAAGAGCAAGUCCUCGAAUCCCGAGCCCAUGUCAUCACACCAGUUCGACCUUUGAGUCAAAGUCCGAUGGCAACAUCAGACUCUGGUUAUGAACUUGUCUCUCAAUCUCCUUUGUCAGACCCCUUCUGCAUAUCCCGAGAGCCCAGCCCAUCCCCGGAGCCCACUCCACUACCGGAGCCCGUUCGUUCCCCGGAACCCAUUCCCUCCUCCAGUCCUCAGGCCAUUCCCAGGAGAAGCUUUAACAGGUUUCACGAUGCACGCCCACUUUCAUCCUCAUCCUCAUCCUCAUCCUCAUCCUCAUCCUCAUCCUCAUCCUCAUCCGAGGAUGAAUCGGACACCACCGCGGAUUAUCCCUCCUCCCUAGACGACGACCCCUUGGACACACCGGAACCAGAGACCACCCCAUGGACCAUUGCCCCAGUGCAAUCCUGGAUAUCCCGGAACUCCUCGACCAUCAAAACGGUUGCCAAAUGGACCAUUGUUGCAGCCGCAAUCAUCCUUCCAAAAAUCCUUUGGAAAUGGUGA